GAAUUUGCCUUUUUUCUUUGGUGAUUGUAUUCGAAUUAGGACUAGAGAUCCUAAUUUUAGUCCAAUUUGGAUUCCGAAAGAAUCUGCUUUAGUCGUGGCUUUAAUCAAACAUUAUCAUGAAAAAAAUUUUCAUAGUGGCAUACGAACUACAAUGGCAAAUAUACAAGCGAAGUAUUACAUUCAAAAUUUAUAUCGAUUGGUAAAAAAGUUUAUUUAUUAUUGUCGUUUUUGUCAAAUUGAAAAGAAAAAACCGUUUGUCCAGCCUUUUGCUGAUCUUCCGUCGUCUCGAACUCAAUUUGCAUCUCCUUUUGAAGCAAUUUGUAUUGAUUUUUUCGGUCCGAUGAAAUAUAAGAAUGGCAAAAAAUUUUAUGGUCUAAUUGCUACUUGUUUGGUUUCUCGUAUGGUCAAAUUAGAAGUGGUACAAUCUUUAUCAGCUAAUGCUACUUUGGUUGCAUUAGAUCAUAUUUUUCUACUGUGUGGAACACCCAAAAAAAUUUAUAGUGAUAAUGGUACUAAUUUCGUCCGCGCAAACAAAGAAAUUAGCAAGUUUUGUGAUUUUUUUCGUGAAUUCAAAUUAACUGAUAAUCGCUGUAUCGAAUGGAUUUUUUCUCCUCCUUGUGCCCCUUGGUUUAAUGGUACAGCCGAACGUCUAAUUGCUGUAGUGAAAAGAUGUAUUAGAGUUUUCGAUAGUGAAUUUCGUUCAGUCGAAGAUGCGAAAACAAUAUUUCUACGUAUAGAAUCGGAAAUCAAUAAUCGACCCAUCAUCAGUAAUGACGAGCGUUCAAUUUCCCCUUUUGAAUUGGCUUAUGGUCGACCACAAGUUCCUUUGAAUAUGGAGUCCGGCGAAAAUUUUUCAGCUUUCAAAUGGAUGGAGCGUUUAGAAAAUAUUCGUCGUAAAUUUAAAAAAUUGUGGCGUCAUCAAUAUCUUUCUUCGUUAAAUCAGAAUAAUCCACCAGCGAUGGACAAUUUAAAAGUCGGUGAUUUGGUUUUGGUUCCUACUGAAAUGAAAAAAAGACACGAAUGGCCUGUAUUUCGAGUAUUGUCAAUAUCUAAUAACAAUGAUGGAACCAUUAGAAGCAUUAGAAUUAAGGAUCUUGAAAAAAAUUUAGAGCUGAUUCGUCCAGUCGUUGGUAUUAUUAAACUUGAAUCUCGUGGGGAGUGUGAGAAAAUUCAAUACGAUUGA